AUGGAUACCUCGACGUCCUCGUCUUCCUCCUUAAAACUUUGGAAGUACGACGUGUUCUUGAGUUUUGGAGGUCAAGACACACGCCGGAGCUUCACGAGCCACCUCUACCAGGCUUUGACAAGGGCCGGACUAAGAACCUUUAUAGACGAUCACGCGCUAGAAAAAGGGAAAAGUCCGGGCAUCUCACUGACUCGAGCAAUCGAAGAGUCUAAAACCUCUAACAUCAUCUUCUCAAAGAGCUAUGCGGAAUCAAGAUUGUGUCUUGACGAGCUUGUGGAGAUCAUGGAGUGCAGAAGAACACUGGGUCAAAUUGUUGUUCCAGUGUUCUAUGAUGUCGAUCCUUCAGAUGUCAGGAGACAGACCGGCACUUUUGCAACAGCUUUUCUGAAGCACGAACAGCAGUUCGAUGAGGUCAAAGAAAAGUUACAGCUAUGGAGAGACGCUCUGACCGAAGCAGCAAAUUUAUCUGGUUUUGAUGUUGGAAACGCCGAUUGGUAUGAUGCUCUGUAUAUCAUGGAAAUUGUCGUAGGUAUCAUCAAAGUCUUGCAGCAGAGCACUGCAGUUGGAAUACAGUCUUGGGUGCCUGCAGUUGGAAUAGAUUCUCGGGUGCAAGAAAUUGGUAAAUAUUUGGCUGAUGGAGGAUCAGAUGAUGUCCGCAUAAUUGGAAUUUGGGGUAUGGGUGGACUGGGUAAAACGACGGUUGCCAAAGCCAUUUUCAACAAAUAUCAGGAUAAGUUUGUACGUAAAAGUUUUCUUGCUAAUGUGAGAGAAGAGGAACUGGUCGAUUUGCAAAACAAACUUCUUUCUGAUGUGUUGAGAUUAAGAAACAUAAAGGUUCGUAGAGUUGAUGAAGCGACCGAGGAAAUAAAAACAAGACUUCGCAACCUAAAGGUACUUGUCAUAGUUGAUGAUGUAGACAGCGUGAAACAGUUAGAAGCAUUAGCUAUAAAAUUUUACUCAUUUGGUCCAGGGAGUAGAAUUAUUAUAACCACAAGAGACCAACAUUUGCUAAAGAUGUUAAAAGCGAAUACGAUAUAUCAUCUACCAGCAAUGAAUAAAGAAGAAGCUUCUGAGCUCCUUUGUUGGCAUGCCAACAAUUAUCCUAUUAAAGAAUUUCUUCAAGUCCCAAGAGAAGUUGUUGAUUACUGUGGAGGUUUGCCACUAGCACUUGAAAUUUUAGGUUCUUAUCUAUCUGGGACAAGCAUAAGUGAAUGGAAAAGUAAGUUGGAGAAAUUUAAAAGUCAUCAUAGUAGGGAAAUUCUCAAUAGACUUGAAAUAAGCUUUGACGAGCUAGCUGAUGAUGACCUGAAGGCUAUAUUCCUUGAUGUAUCAUGUUUCUUUGCUGGAAUGAACAAGGACUAUGUCAUGAAAAUAUUGGAUGGCUGUGACUUAUAUCCAGAAAUCAGAAUCAGUGUCCUCCACGAACGAUGCCUUGUAACUACUAAUGAAGAUUUGACGCUGGUGAUGCAUGAUUUGGUUCGCGACAUGGGAAGAUAUAUUGUGCAUGCGGAAUCCCCUGAUGUCCCUGGAAAACGCAGUAGGUUAUGGCAUCACGAUGAUGUGAUAGACGUACUGAGGGACAAAUCUGGAACUGAAGCAAUUCAAGGACUCACUUUAGAUUUGCAAGAGUCUGACGAGACUAGCUUCAGUACAGAAGCAUUUAGAAACAUGCAUAGUCUGAGAUUGCUCAAACUCAAUUACGUCAAGCUCACUGGCAGUUACAACAAUCUGCCCAAUGAGUUAAGAUGGUUGUGUUGGCAUGGAUUCCCCCUGGAGGUCAUACCAGAAGAUUUUGAUCACCCAAACAUAGUUGUUAUUGACCUCAGCUAUAGCAAACUCACACGAGUGUGGGCGGAUUCCGUUCUGUUGCUUGAGAAGUUGAAGUUUCUUAAUUUAAGUCAUUCCCAUAACCUAACACGAUCACCGGACUUUUCAAAAACCCCAAAUCUUGAGAGAUUGAUACUCAAAGAUUGCAAAAACCUUCAGGCAAUUCCAGCUUUACCAACAAAUUUGGAAAUCCUGGAAGCGGAUGAGUGCAUUGCAUUGGAGAAAAUGCCCGAUUUUUCAGAAAUGUCAAGGAUGAGAGAAUUGCAUCUGAAUCACUCCCCCAAACUCUCUGAAAUUCUAGGCUUGGAUAAGCCAUUAAACUGCAUGACAAGUAUUCAUAUGGAAGGGUGCACCAAUCUCACUGCUUCUUUUAAAGAAGGGAUCCUACAGGGAUGGAGUACAAGCGGAAAUGGUGGCCUUUUUCUUCCUGGAAAUGAAAUUCCAUCAUGGUUUACGCCUGUUGACCCUCAGGGUGAAAUAGCGGUGCCGCAAAGUUUUGGCUGUGAUUUAAAAGCAUUGACUGUGUGCAUCAUUUAUUCUUCAGACGACUCCAAAUCUGGUGGCUCUCUUCGCAUUCGUGUUGCAAAUUAUAGCCAGAACACUGUAUUUCUCAUCUCUCCAAUGCGUGCCACUGUAUUAACUUGCCAUGAAAAUUAUCUUUGGCUGGGACAUUUGUCAAACAAUAAGCUCAAUGUGAAAGGCGGAGACAAGAUAAAUGUUGGUGCACACUUUGUAGGACCAGGGACUACUGAUGAUAUUCAUCUCAGGGUGAAGAAAAUAGGGAUAAAUCUGGAAAAGGAAAAAUUAAUCAAUGAAUAUGCGCUCGGCCGUCAAUUUAUGCCAUAUUCAAGUGAGUGCAAAGAGGACGGCAAUCAUAAGGCAGGACACGGUUAUGACUCGUCCCAUGAGAAUCAAUCCCGCAAAAGACUCAGGUUGGAUCCCAGUGUUGAAAGAAAUGCGGAAGAAACUGAUGAAUUCAUGCAAGAAGGAAGCAGCAUGGGCUAA